AUGUCCUCAACCACACUUGCCAGAGAGAUCCACAUAUCCGCUGUAGGAAUGGCUCAACCGCAGGCCAACAUCAAGCAGCACCACCAGCUGCCCAUAUCUACAAGACACCUCACCACCACAAGCGGCGACUAUGACACCUCAAACCCGCCUGAGGUCCGCAAAUACCUAAGAACAUAUGGCAUGGUCCCGCCGGCCGUCGAGAGCCAUGAGCAGCAGAUGCAAAGAUGCCUCAACAUACUCGCAUUGAAGUCGUCGAACAUUGAGAAGUGGCAGUAUCUGACUCAACUCCGCGCGACCAACGUCCACCUGUUCUACCGCCUUCUGGCACAGAACGUCAAGCAAAUCACACCCCUAAUAUACACACCCACCGUCGGCGAGGCCUGCCAGCGAUGGUCGGAACUUUAUACUCAGCCCGAGGGCCUGUACCUAUCCUACUCAGAUCGCGGCCACCUGUACUCCAUCCUCCAAAACUGGCCCCACAAUGUCGACAUCACCGUGCUCACGGACGGCUCGAGGAUAUUAGGUCUUGGCGACCUUGGUGUCGGCGGUAUGGGUAUUCCUGUUGGCAAGCUAGCGCUGUACACCGCUUGCGCCGGCAUCAGGCCAGAGGGCACGCUUCCAUUGUGCUUGGACUUGGGGACAAACAACAAGGCGCUCCGCGAGGACCCGCUCUACAUGGGCAGCAGGCGGGAGAAGGUCUCGCCUCAGGAGGAGAAGGAGUUCCUGGAUGAGCUGAUGGCAGCGCUCACCGAGAGGUGGCCGGGCAUCGUCAUCCAGUUUGAGGACUUCAAGAACCCCUUCCCCGCCCUUGAGCGGUACAAGGACACCUACACCAUGUUCAACGAUGAUGUUCAAGGCACUGGCUCCGUCAUCACCGCAGGUAUCAUCAGCGCUGUCAAGCUUGCGGGCAUCCCCGUCAGGGAUCACAAGGCCAUUUUCCUUGGCGCUGGCAGUGCUGGUGUGGGCGUCGCAAAGCAAAUUGUCGAGUUCUUCAUCAAAGAGGGGCUCACUGAGGACGAAGCGAGGCGGAAGUUCUGGUUUGUCGAUUCGCAAGGUCUCGUGACCAACGAUCGCGGCGGCAGGCUAGCCGAGCACAAAGUCUACUUCUCCCGCGACGACAACGAAGGCAGGCAAAUCACGUCGCUCGAAGAGCUCAUCGACUACGUCAAGCCCACCAUCCUGAUGGGUCUGUCCACCAUCGGCGGCGCCUUCAACGCAGAGAUUCUACAACGUAUGGCACAGCUCAACGACCGCCCCAUCAUCUUCCCCCUCUCGAACCCCUCCUCCAAGUCCGAGUGCACGUUCGAGGAGGCCGUCAAGCACACCGACGGCCGCUGCCUCUUCGCCUCCGGCUCGCCGUUCCCGACGCUCGAGCACGCCGGCAAGUCCCUGACGCCCGGCCAGGGCAACAACAUGUACGUCUUCCCCGGCAUCGGGCUUGGCGCCAUCCUCUCCAAAGCCGUGUCCGUCACCCAAGACAUGAUCUACGCCUCUGCCGUCGGUCUGGCCACCUCCCUCAAUGAGUCCGAGACCCAGCAAGGUUGGCUCUACCCAGAUAUCCGCCGCAUCCGUGAGGUCAGCGUUAGCGUGACCAGGCAUGUCAUCCGCGCCGCGCAGGACGGCGGAGUGGAUCGCGAGCUCGCGAUCAGGCAUCUGGACGAUGCGCAGCUGGAUCAGUACAUCAAGGAGCGCAUGUACGAUCCGUUUAGAGAGGGCGAGAAGAUCCAGGAUGAGGUUAACCAGCUGUUUGCUACGGUAAGCGGCGGCGCGACCGCGGCGCCGAUUGAGCUCGUGAGCGCGAGGGCGUCAUGCCAUUUGUAG